GUGGGCUCCUGCUAUUGGGUAAACUACUACGAGUUUAAAAGUUUCGACAAUAAUGGGGAUAAACAGGUGGCGGUGGCGCGUGGUUUAUGUAAAUAAAACAGGAGUGAAAGCGUGUCACUGUUCUGGUUCGCAGACGCACUCAUGAUGUUUGGCAGAGAGUCGCAGGAAAAACUGUGGACUCUAACAUAAGCAGGUGACAUCAUCAUCAUCAUCAGCAGCAGCAGUAGCAGCGGUCAUGCCUCAGGUCCCCGUAGCCGUGGCGCUGCAGCUCGCGCUCAUUCUGUCCGCUGUGCCCGCGCAGUACUUAAUCUCCCAGUGGACCGGAACCAACGCCGCGCAGCGCUACCACAAGACCACGCGGUUGAUAAGAAUUUGGAGAGACUGGAGAAAGUCUUACCUGAAUGCUACAGCAUGGAUGGACUGGGCAGAUCAGCAGAUGUCCGAUGUUAUGUCUAUGGUUGGCAUGCAGCAGGAAGUGAAAAUGGACUCGCCUCCCGUUGAAGCAAUGCUUUUUGACAAUGACAAGGGCUUCUUUGGAGCGUCCUCGACCGUGCGCAGCCCUCGUCCUCCAUUUGUGUUCCUACGAGUCGGCGAGGUGGUGAGGGAGAGGAAGGGUAACAUGGUCGGAGUGGUGGUGAGCUGGGACCCGGAGAUGCGAGCCCCUUCAGAGUGGAUUAACAAGAUAUAUUCCAGUUUUGAGGGCGCCGCUGCAGAGAGGACACCUCACUACAAAGUUCUGUUCGGCGGACCUGCAGGUUCCUCUCUGAUGGUUGCAUAUUUGCCUCAGACGCAACUGGAGCGCAUCACCGGGAUGAGGCCAAACAUUCCCACCUUGGAGAAUUACUUCACACAUUUUGACGGCGAGCGGUUCAUCAUGCAGCCCUGGCUCAGAGAGCUGUUUCCUGAAGAUGAGGUCAUGGACACCUGAAGAAUCUGUCUUAAAAACAUUCAUCCAUCUGAUAAUUCCAUUUUCUCCCUCUGUGGUCAGUUAUUGACCUUGUCAAAAGUUUGAUGAGGUUUUCAUGUCUUUUUAAAAGACAACAUAUGAGUGUUUGGCAUAAUUAUCAAUGCUUGAAAUUUGUUGAUUUUCUGUAAAUUUAAAUUUACAUGACAGUGUUUGCGAAAGUCUAAAAAUAACCUUGACUGUCUACGCUUUGGAUGAGCUGCAAUUGUGCAAUAAAGUGUUUUAAACUGUGGCAAACAGGG